AUGCUCGCGCAACCCGUCGCCCGCGCCAGCCCGCGCAUCACCUCCCUCAUCAGCCGCCGGGCUUUCCACGCAACCCGCGCUCGUCUAUCCUCCCCGUACCAUUACCCCGAGGGUCCCUACUCGAACUUGCCUUUCAACCCCAAGACGCGUUUCUUCGCCUUCCGAUUCUGGGGCUACAUGGCCACCGGCUUCUUCGCCCCGUUCGGCAUCUGCGUGUGGCAAACCAACAAGCCCAAGUCUUAG